CUUGGAUCUAAAGAAGACCUCAAUUUUACAGUUGAAUUAUCUAGUAAGAUAGAUAAUAUACUCGAAGAAGUCUUGGAUCUUUGCGACAAUGAAACAAGUUACAAAGUCAAAUAUGAAGAGCUCUAUAUAUUUUUUAUGAAAGAAAAUAGUGAUAGUGACAGAUCUGAUAAGAGCAACAUAUAUUAUAAAAGUGAUAGAUAUGAUAAAGGUGACAGAUAUGAUGAAGGCAACAGAUAUGAUGAAGGCGAUGGAUAUAAUGAAGGUGAUAGAUAUAAUAAAGAUAAUGGGAUAGAUAUAAAGAUAAUCAUGAACAAACUUCUACUAUAA